AAGCUUUCUGGGAAGGGUGGGUUGAUACCCAACUACGAAUCCCAGCAAGCAGUGCGCGACGUAAGGGUGUAAGAGGAGGAGCCUGCAGCCGUCCAGCCCCGAGGAGCCAGGCAGCUGCAGCACCUGGUACAAGUGGGCAUGGGGAAGCGAUACUUCUGUGACUACUGCGACCGCUCCUUCCAAGAUAACCUCCACAACCGAAAGAAGCACCUGAAUGGGCUACAACACCUCAAGGCCAAGAAGAUGUGGUACGACAUGUUCAGAGAUGCGGCUGCCAUCUUGCUGGAUGAGGAGAACAAGCGACCUUGCAGGAAGUUCCUGCUGACCGGCCAAUGUGACUUUGGCUCCAACUGCAGAUUUUCCCAUAUGUCAGAGCAAGACCUACAGGAGCUGAGCAUCCAGGUGGAGGAGGAGAGGCGGGCCAGGGAAUGGCCACUGGAAACCCCUGAGCUCCCUGAGGGCCAUCUGGAAGACUGGCUGGAGAAGAGAGCCAAGAGGCUGAGCUCGGCCCCAAGCAGCAGGGGCGAACCCCUCAGAGCCACCGUCUUCCAGUACCCUGUGGGCUGGCCGCCAGUCCAGGAGCUGCCCCCAUCCCUGCGGGCACCCCCACCAGGGGGGUGGCCCCUGCAGCCCAGAGUGCAGUGGGGCUGAGGCCCAUACCCAUGCUUAACUCCCAUGGUCACUGUCUCAUCCUUCACAAUAAAAACUCUUGUUCACACUGGG